CCUCUUACAAUUUGCCAUGUGGCAGUGCUGGUCCCACCUGUAUUAUCAAAUGAUUCAACGGCCUCAAAUUAAACUGUUGAAUAAAUUAUUUAACACUCCCAUUGUUCAUAGUUUAAGUAGUCUUACGCAGAUGGAAAAAAUGAGUCAUUCACCUAUCCUCGAUUGCCAAAUUCACCAUUGUUAUAUUUUCCCCUUUUGUCCAGUUUCCGACUGGAUCCAUUCACUAGGAAAAAAUGAGUCGUUCAGACACAUGUCCAGAUUCACCAUUGUUUGAUUUUCCCCUUUUGUCUAGAUUCCGACAAUUCCCUACUGGAUCCAUCCACUAUAUAACAAGACGAUAGAGCGAAGCUUGAGAUGAAGAGUAGAGUCAUCCUCAGCCAUAGAGAGAGAAGAGAUAAGAAGAAUAAUAACAUUAACAACAAAGACAUCUCCUGUAAUUUCACACAGAUUGAAACCAUGGAGAGAAAGCCCUUUGAGGUUGAGACGACGGAGAAUCACAAACCCUACUCCACCGUCGAUGGCGGUGGCGUUGGUUCUGAUUUGAGAUCGCCGGUCGAUUCAUUUGAUGACGAGCAGAAAAAGCUCGUUUACAGAGGCUGGAAAGUCAUGCCUUUUAUCAUUGGUAACGAGACAUUUGAGAAGAUUGGGAUCGUAGGGACAUUAUCAAACCUUCUGCUGUACCUUACUCAAGUAUUCAACCUCAAGAAAGUCACAGCUGCAACAAUCAACAGUGCCUUUGCUGGCACAAUCAACUUCGGGACUUUCAUCGCUGCUUUCCUCUGCGACACUUACUUUGGUCGCUACAAGACUCUCAGUGUAGCUGUCGUCGCUUGUUUCCUGGGAUCGCUUGUGAUAAUACUGACGGCUGCAGUUCCUGCAUUGCACCCGACUCCAUGUGGAACACAUAGCAAGUGCCAAGGGCCAAGCGCGGGCCAGAUCGCGUUCUUGCUCAUGGGUUUAGCGUUUCUUGUGGUCGGUGCGGGUGGGAUUAGGACGUGUAACUUGGCUUUUGGAGCUGAUCAGUUCAACCCCAAAUCCGAAUCCGGGAAGAAAGGAAUCAACAGCUUCUUCAACUGGUAUUUCUUCACCUUCACGUUCGCGCAGAUCGUCUCGCUCACGCUGGUCGUGUAUAUCCAGUCGAACGUGAGCUGGACGAUCGGUUUGAUCAUCCCCGUGGCUCUGAUGUUCUUGGCCUGCGUCAUCUUCUUUGCUGGACAUAAACUGUAUGUGAAAGUGAAAGCCUCGGGUAGUCCCUUGGUUAGUAUCGGUCAUGUUAUCACGGCAGCGAUCAAGAAACGAGGGUUGAAGCAAGUUAAGCAGCCUUGGCUCGAUCUUUACAACCACAUUCCGGUUAACUAUCCAAACUCCACCUUGAAAUACACCGACCAGUUUAGGUUUCUUGACAAAGCAGCGAUUAUGACCCCUGAGGACAAGCUGAAUUCCGAUGGAUCUGCUUUCGAUCCAUGGACGCUGUGUACCUUGCAGAAGGUGGAAGAAGUGAAAUGCAUUGUGAGAGUGAUUCCGAUCUGGUUUGCUUGCGCGAUUUACUACCUCGCUGUAAGUAUACAGAUGACUUAUCCGGUCUUCCAAGCGCAACAGAGCGACCGGAGAUUGGGUUCUGGUGGUUUCAAGAUCCCCGCAGCCACCUAUGUGGUGUUCUUGAUGUCGGGUAUGACUGUUUUCAUCGUGUUCUACGACCGUGUCCUUGUCCCGUCGUUCAGAAGAGCGACCGGGUUAGAAACCGGUAUGACACUCUUGCAGCGGGUCGGAUCAGGGAUCUUCUUUGCCAUGUCGAGUUUGUUGGUCUCCGGGUUCGUAGAGGAACGGAGAAGAACCUUCGCCCUGAAGAAACCGACUCUCGGGAUGGAGCCACGAGUGGGAGAGAUCUCCUCCAUGUCGGCCAUGUGGCUGAUUCCGCAGCUCGUGCUUGCAGGCGUGGGAGAGGCUUUUACAGCCAUUGGACAGAUGGAGUUUUACUACAAGCAGUUCCCUGAGAACAUGAAGAGCUUCGCUGGCUCUAUCUUCUAUGUCGGUGCAGGAGUUUCGAACUAUCUUGGUAGCUUCUUGAUCUCGACUGUUCAUCGAAGAACUCAACGUUCACCUUCCGGGGACUGGUUAGCUGAUGAUCUGAACAAAGGGAGACUCGAUUACUUCUAUUUCAUGCUCACUGGAAUCAUGGUCGUUAACAUGGUUUACUUCUUGAUAAUGUCUAAAUGGUAUAAAUACAAAGGCAGUAACAAUGAAGUCAAUGAAUAAGAGACCAAGCAGCAGCAGCAGAAGCAAGUCAAGAACUCUGUCUGAUCUGUAAAAUUUUUAUUAUUUUUGGUCUCCUAAUUCAGUCUCUACUCUUUGUUGUUUGUACUCCAUUAGGUAAAACGAAUGAAGGAGAAAUAUAAUAACCUCAACGUAUUUCUCAAAUAAAAUUUUGUUGCUAAAUUGAAACUGUGUUACUGUGUAUGAAGUUUGUUGUAUUCGUUAACGAACCUCUAAAAGAAGACUACAAGGAGUGUAAUUUUUUUUAUGUAUUAAAACAAAAAAAAGAGGUUUUCU